UGGAACUAAGAAGGGCGUGGCUAAGGAAGGGGUGGGGCUGUGGAGAGGCGUGGCUAAGGGGAGGGGCUCCCUCCUCCCUCUCGGGACCAAUCAGGAGGGCGUUCUGGAGCCCCGCCCCCGGCGUCUCCAUGGCGACGCGUCGGUUUCUCUGCCUGGGGCCCAGAAGGAAGAGGAGGAGCGGCCUCUUCCCUUCCCUUGCCUUCCUCCUCGGGGUCUCUGAGUCUCUGGCUGCCGGCCUCUCGGGGGAGCCAUGGCGAAGGUGCUGGAGGCGCCGCCGCGCUUCCAUCUGGGGGAGUGGCGCGUGGCCCACAAGGCGGAGCUGAGCGGCGCCGAGGCCCAGCGCUGCCUCUCCGAGCGGCUGGUGGACGAGAGCCGGCGCCUGGUCGAGGAGGUCGAGCGCAGCACCCGCAAGAGCCAGGGCGAAGUCGGCAAGAGGAUCGAGCAGCGCCUGGAGGAGAUCCGCUUCUGGCGGCAGGAGCUGCGCGGGAAGCUCGAGCAGAUCUGCGGGGAGACGGAGGAGCUGCUGGCCUUCCAGAGGCGGCUGGAGAAGGCGCUGGAGGGCUGCAGGGAGCCCCUCCUCAUCGCCCAGCAGUGCCUCCUCCACCGGGAGCGCCGCGUGGGCAUCGACCUGGUCCACGACGCGGUGGACCAGGAGCUGCGGAAGGAGGCCGAGGUGCUCCAGGGGGCCAUGGCCCUCCUCCGCAGGACCACCGAGCAGGCCCUCGAGCAGAUCAGGCUGAACCGUGCGGCCAAGUUCAACCUGGAGAAGGACCUGACAGACAAGUUUGCCGCCCUGUCCAUCGACAACUACUGCGCGACCCUCAACAACAACACCCCCGACCUGCGCUACGCCCAAAACGUGGUCAAGGUGGAGGAGAAGUCCGUCAGCCCCGAGGAGUGGGAGGGCUUCUCCAACGCCAACGCGGAAAAGGCCGACCAGCAGCGGAACAACUCCCUGGCGCUGCGGUCCCUCAUCGACAGCAUCCUGGCCCAGACGGCCAGCGACAUCCGGAAGCAGAACGAGGCGGUCAACGUGGCCUUCCGCAACCGGGUCAAGGAGACCAAGGAGGCCAAGAGCAAGCUGGAGACCCAACUGGGCAAGGUGAUGGACGAGAUCAGCUCCCAGGAGAAGAACAUGGAGACCCUGACGAAGGCCAUCGCAGACAAGGAGGGGCCGGCCAAAGUGGCCCAGACACGUCUGGAGACCCGGACUCACCGGCCCAACGUGGAGCUCUGUCGGGACAGGGCCCACUACCGCCUCAUGCGCGAAGUGCAGGAGAUCAGCUGCAACAUCCAGAGGCUGCAGGGGAUGCUGGCCCAGGCCGAGAGGGUACUGAGGGGCCUGAGCCGGAAGCAGCUCUCCCUGGAGGAGGAGAUCCAGGUGAAGAGCAACUCCAUCUACAUCGACGAAGUGCUCUGCAUGCAGAUGAGGGAGUCCAUUGCCAUCAAUGACUAUUAACUGUGGGGCUGAUGGCAGGACCUUGCACCCCACACCUUAUGAGGACCCCCAACACAGACAUACAUGCACUGGGUCAGAGAGGCCCCCUCCCCACUCCCCAGAAGACCCUCUCCUUCUGUUGGAUGGAUUUUUGUUCUAGAGGAGAAUAAAAGUAGCAAAGC